UCUUGUUUAUUAUAUUUAUCAGUAUAAUAUAGGGACAUGGCGCAGAGUGAAAAGGAAAAAAUGGAUAUUGAUAUGUAUUUGGUUGUUGAUUAUCAAACUGGCCCUGUUACAUCACUUUCCAUACUGUCACACAGUACAGUUGUAGCAGGUAUAUGCGGUGAUUUACAUUUUUAUGAUGUCAACAAACAAUCUCUAGUUCACACAGAACACAGUCUAUUGAUGAAACAAAAUAUUCAUGGAAUUAGAAAACAUAUAUGCAAUGAUGUCAUGUUGUGUGUAUUUGGUGGAAAAGGCAUCAGAGUUCUGUUUGUAGAAUGUAGCGAAGGUAUAUUUACAAGGAUUAAGAGUUUAUGUGGUUUUAAAGAACUAGAAGACUGGAUAUUGGAAGCAUGUUGGUUGGAGAGGGGUGAAGAAAGCACUACAGUUGCUAUAGGUCUAGCACAUAAUGUUGUUAUAAACUGGGACUGGGAAACACAAACAAUAAUUAGCAGAGUUGAUUGUACAGAAAAAUGUAUAUUAUAUUCAGCCUAUUUUGUUGGUAGAACAUGGCAGGAAUUAGUUUUAGCUGCUGGUACAGUGUUUAAUCAGAUAGUUUUAUGGUCACCUACUGGACAAGUCAACUCUAAUGGUCAAAGGGAGGUGAUUCAUAGACUAGAUGGUCAUCAGGCAAUCAUCUUUUCCAUGCAUUAUUUACCCACAAAACAAAUAUUAGCUUCGGCAUCUGAUGACAGAAGUAUUCGACUAUGGAAGUUAAACUUAAAAAAGAAUCCUUCUGCUGCCUGUGAUUGGCUAGGAGUGACCUCUGAACCAAUGUUGACACUUUAUGGUCAUUCGGCGAGGGUGUGGAGUGCACAGCUGUUGGAGAAUAAAAUUAUUAGUAUUGGAGAGGAUUCAACCUGUUGUGUUUGGAAUUAUCAAGGGGACAUUUUACAAAAGUUCAAAGGUCAUAAGGGUAAAAGUAUAUGGAGUUUAGAUGUUAGUGAAAAAAAUAGUUUUAUUGUAACAGGGGGAGGAGACAAUAGUAUUAGAUUAUGGAGGAUAAAUUCUUUUCAUUCGCCAUCUGCCUCUACAGUUCUUACAGUUUUACAAAUUCCCAGUAAUCUGAAGGUUGAUACAGAUGAUAUACCCAGGUCUGUUGUUCUCAAGAACUAUAAUGAAGCACUGAUCAUGACUAAUGCAGGUUCUCUAUUUCAUUACAAUUUGUCACAAAAUAUAUGGCAACUAUUGCACCAUGACCCAUCUUUUAAAUCCUACUCUCUGAUAGUUACUUCCCCUGAUGAGCAGUUGACAGUUGUGGGUAACAUAGAGGGUGAUAUUAGGGUGUUUAGUAAAGAUAAUUGUAUAUGUGAGAGAAUAUUUAAUGGUAAAGUUUUUAGUUUAAUAUGGGUAGAUUUAAAUGAUAUAGUUGCUACAGGACCUGAUGGAAAUGUUAUUCUAUUGUCAGUAAUCUAUAAUGAAGACCAUCAACUUGUUUUGCACCAUAAAGCAGUUUUUACUUUACCUGUAUGUAAACAAAGAUGGGUGUGUGCUGGUCAGAUAGUUUGUAAUGGUCAAGUUUUAAUCUGUGGUGAUAGAGGUGGUACUAUACACAGUUACCAAAUACAAAAUACAAAAGAUCCUAUACAGAGUUUUCCUAAGAUACAUGGUAAAGCUGGUGUGACAUGUAUUAGUAGUAUCGGCCAGAAGAUCUAUUCAGCUGGUCGAGAUGGCCAUUACAGAAUAUGGACUAUAGAUCAGGAUGGGUGUUUAGAAUUGUUAAAUAGUAAUAAGGUUUUAAAAGGAUUAGAAUGGAUAGAUAGAUUGGUAUUUAUUGAUAAUAAAUUACAAGUAUAUGGUUUUCAUUCUACAAGCUUUGUGAUAUGGAGUGAAGUAGAUAACCAACUGUUAGUGGAGAUAGAGUGUGGAGGAGGUCAUAGGUCAUGGGACUGCAAGUUGAAAGGUCAAGAAGCUAAGUUUUUGUAUAUAAAAAAUGGAGAUGUUAUUUUACAUAAUGCAUCAUUACAAUCAAAUCAACUUAUAUUAAAGUCAGCACUACAUGGUCGAGAAAUAUGUGAUAUGAGAUGUAUAACAAGUUUAUACACAAAUAUAUCCAAAUGUAUAUAUCAUGUUAUAGUUACAUCUAGUGAAGAUACUACCAUUAAUAUAUCACUUCUUAAAUAUAAAAAUGGUUGCCAUGCACUGCUACAGCCAUUACACACAAUGCAAGGUCAUUUAUCAAGUGUGCGGACAUUAUCCACCAGUACUGUGAAGAACAGACACGAAAAUAUUACUAAGUGUUUACUCUUCUCAGGUGGAGGUAGAGCUCAGAUAGAAGUGUGGAAAAUAAAUGUCUCCGAAAGUGAAAACAAUGAAAUCAGUUUUAAUAGUGAUGCUUUCGAGAUUAAUUCUAACAGUGAAACAUGUCCAUUGAACUGUGAUUAUGAACAUUUAACAAGCACUUUUCUAGGCCAAGUGAAAAAUAAAAGAGGUCUAAAAUCUUGGAAGAAAAACUCCUAUAACCCUGAUCCAGAAACUAGAAUAUUGUGUCUAACAUCUUUCCCUGCUACAGAAAUUGAUAUCACCAACCCGAAUAAUCUCCAUUUUAUUGGUGCCGCUUGUUCUGAUGGAUUUGUGAGGUUAUUUGGUUUUGAUGAGAAGACUAAUACAAUGUCACUCAUAGACCAAUCAGAUUAUCACAAUAAUUGUGUGCUUAAGAUUCAUUAUUUCAUCCACCAAUCAGAACAAGGAACACAUAUAUUCUUGUUGUCAGGGGCAACCGAAGGGGUGAUAGCCAUAUGGGAUAUCACAACUUUAUGUUUCCAUUAUAUAAAGUGCAAUAAUUUCCAGAAUGUCAAUGAAAACAAAAGUAGUGACGACCAAAACUGUGAUAUAACGAACUAUAGUCUACAAGAUGACAACUUGGUAGAAGAUGCUAGUAAAAAAGAUUAUUUUCCUGAAAGAACGAAAAUAAUUAGUGUUAAAAAGGAAAACAGUGCAGAAGUAACAGUUCAAGACUGGCAGCCAUGUUUUACAAUAAAAUGUCAUCAAUCGGGAAUAAACAGUAUAGAUAUUUUAUCUGUAAGCGAUAGUGAGUAUUUAUUAGCAAGUGGAGGAGAUGAUAACAGUUUAACAGUACAUAAAUUAAUAUUAUUACAUAAAACAUCACCUAUACAGUUCCAGGUAGUUAAAACAGGGUCAGAGGUCACAGCCCAUGCUGCACAAAUCACAGGAGUGAAAAUAUUGUCUCCAGAUAAAUUAUUAACAGUAUCUGUGGAUCAAAGAAUGACAAUAUGGAGUGUUACAGAGACAAACACUGACAUCAAGCUCAAGUAUAAUGACAGAGAAUUUAUUAAUGUCUCAGAUGUGGCCAAUAUUGAUGUUUGGAAAUUUAAUGAUAAUAUAUAUUAUGGUAUAUGUGGAGACGGUCUAGCAUAUGGUCAUAUAACUGAGAAAGAUAAAUAGAAGAUAUUAUAUAUAUGGAUUAUUAUAUUAUUUAUGUUUUUAAAUAAAUAUCUCAGAAUUCUUUUUUAAAUGCUUUUUAGUUCAUUAGACAUGUUUUAGUAGGAUAACAUAUUAAUACACAGAUGAACAAGUGGGCCCAAUACAGGUACAUGGUUUUUUUUAACCGAAUUGUUUAGUAAGGAAAUUCAGUGUUGGGUCUUUUUUGCCAAGUUAUUGCCAAAAUCUUGUAAAACACUCUACAGGUAAUAGUUUUUGAAAUUUUUAAAAAAGAUUUUGCCAUAUUAUUUGGCUAGUCAAAAUGAAGAAACCUAUCAAAAUUCAGUCACACACCUUUUUCCCCAUUAUGAAUUUUCAAAAAAAUCAUUUUUUUUAUAUUUUUUUUUAAAAAUCUUUUUGGGAUUGUUCAUUUGGUCAUUAAAGGACCAAUUUUGAAAUUUUCAGCUUUUCUCAAUAACUGCUUGAAUAAUUUCAACCAUAUUUGGUAGGCGUGUUGUCUUGGUGCAAAUUCACAUUUGUUCAAAUCAUAUGGGAUUUAACGUCCUACUUUUCUGUCCCAACCAGAUGUAUUUGGGCAAUACUGAUGUAUUGAUAAUCAGAUGAUGGUGUGACUGAACGGAUAAAAAGAUACCCCCGGACAUAUCAGUGACGAAUCAAGCUGUCACUAGUUGGAAAAAGGUCCUCAAUUGGCAAAAAUAUGAAAAACAUUGCGAUUUUUAGGGCCUAACAAAACAGAGAAAUUUUUUAUUAAUGUAUAUUUACAUUCCUAGGCACACCUCCGGACAUUCUAAGACUAAUGUUUAUUUAUUUUCUAUGAUUAAAAUAAAUGCGAAUUUUACCUGCCAUUUCCAUGACCUACCCGGUACACUUCAUCGGAUUCCAAAUGCCAAGGAUACAUUUAUGGACCUCGCAUUUUCAUCCCACACGAAGGAAUUCACACACUUUCCCUCCAGGGCUUUGGCCCUGUAGUCAAUAAUAACAUAAAUUCUAAUAUAGAAUGGUAUCAUGUAUUUAUGUCAUAUUAACAUGUUACGUAUAUGGAUAUAAUAUUUUAUAUUUGUAAAUAAAUUUAUUAUGAACUUUC